AUGCCGUUUUCCACAAGAGCCUUCAACAACAGAGCUCCACCGGCUACGUCGCGCCCACGGCGCGACCUCAUAAUGUCCUUCUUCGCCCCAUGCUCACCCCCCCGCGCCCCUCAAUCUCCAAACAAAACCCAGCAGCCCUCAGAGUACCGAACCCUGCCCAACGGUGAUGUGAUCAGUCUCCGGCGCUGCCACCCUAGCAAUGGUUUUAACGUCUUUCAGGAGACGAAUCUACUCGGCGUUAUCCGAAAGGUUCACCAGGCACAGGUGGACAGGGGUGUCGCAGCAGUAAGUGCGGUAAAGUGUAGGCCAGAGUACUGGACACCGCAUUAUCGCCUAUGUGAGAGGUGGUAUCCGCGGUAUUGA